AUGAAUGCGCAGCCGCUCGGUAGUACGCGACGAUGGGGCUCAAGCUCGGUUUCUAGCGGUGGUGGUGGCGCUGGCGGUUACGAACGCGAGGCACCUAAACGAUCGUUCAACCAUGACAUGACUCGUGAACCUGCUCAUGAAGGCGCGCGCAAGCGUCGUUCACGCUGGGGGAAUGAAACUGAUCGAAAGGAUGUAUCAUCGGCUGCUAUCCCCGGCAAUGUUUCCGGUCAGGAGUUGGAUCGAUAUGCUGUUCAGGUCCGCAUGGACGAGAUCAAUCGCAAGUUACGCACGGGCGAUGUGAUACCGCCCGAGCGCGAAAGAUCACCAUCACCACCGCCUACGUACGACAGUCAUGGAUUUCGGAACAAUACUCGAGAAAUUCGUUACCGACGCAAGUUAGAAGAAGAACGCACACGCUUGGUUGAGCGACAAAUGCGCCUUGAUCCAUCGUAUCGCCCCCCAUUAGACUUUCAUGCUAGUCGGAAAGCUGGAAGACCCACCGAAAAGGUCUAUUUGCCUGUUCGUGAAUUUCCCGAAAUCAACUUUUUUGGCUUGCUUGUUGGGCCGCGUGGAAAUACUCUUAAAAAGAUGGAGGGGCAGAGUGGCGCGAAAAUUCAUAUUCGUGGACGUGGAAGUGUCAAACACGGAAAGGGGUCGACAGAUGGUGAAGAGGAAGACAUGCAUUGCAUUGUAACCGCUGACAAUGAUCGAUCUAUAAAACAUUGUAUUAAGUUGAUCAACGAAGUGGUGGCCACAGCAGCCUCCACGCCAGAGACGCAGAACGAUCAUAAGCGCAGUCAGCUACGAGAGCUUGCUGUGUUGAAUGGAACGCUGCGUGAUGACGAAAAUCAGGUUUGUCAAAACUGUGGUGAGAAGGGACAUCGCAAAUUCGAAUGUCCCCAUGAUCGGAAUUGGACCACCUAUAUUGUCUGCCAUAAAUGCGGUCAAAGCGGUCACGUAGCGCGGGAUUGCUUCUCGGCACCGCAAAAUACCGGCGAAAUGAUGGACCCGGCCACUUCACAUGUCGACACAGAGUAUGCUACUUUGAUGGCAGAACUAGGCGAACAGCCAGGUGGAUAUUCAAGCGGGUAUUUAGGCGUGUCUGGCUACGCGGGCCCACCUAGAAAUGAGCGUGGUGAGAAAAUUCCUCCUUGGCGCGACCCGGAAGUGUGGAAUGCACCUGGACCCGGUCGAAGCAAUCGCGAUUCUCUUCCGGACAGUUCCUAUGCCGAAGGCGGCUGGAAUUCGCUUGGCUCUAAUGAGCGUGCAUGGGCCACAGAGACACAGCCAGUUGAAGGACAGCGUGAUUACACGGCUGAAUGGGCUGCAUAUUAUGCUGCACAAGCCGCUCAGCAACAACAAAGUGGAAAUGCUGAACAGGAUGGCGCUCCAGUGCGUGAUUACUCGAAAGAGUGGGAAGAGUAUUAUCGCCAACAGGCCUUGGCUCAGCAACAGCAGCAUCAGUCACAUCACGAACAUUAUUGA